GCAUAACGAGAGAUUUUACUGCAGCACACCCCCUUCUCCUGUGCAGCCAGACAGAAAUCGGGAGGUUUGUCCCAGAUCAGACCCGGCGGAGGAGCAGAGGGAAGCGAUUCCGCUCGCUACCACCCUGAGCCGUUCCCGCCCGCCCCGCCGUCCGUCCGUCCGUCCGUCCGUCCGUCAAACGCGGAACCAACGCAGGCUGCGCGCGCCGCCGCCGCCCGCUCCCGUUGGCGCGGCCCUGCCUGGGCGGGCCAUGGCGGCCGUGGCGCGGAGUUCGGAGCGGGCCGGGGCCGCCGUGCGGAGCCGCGCCGAGGUGGACGCCACGCUGCAGACGGCCAAGCUGAACCCGGCGGAGCUGCUGCCGGCCGUGCAGUGCCUCAGCUUCGGCCCGCAGGCCGGCGGCGGCGAGUGCUGCCUGCUGCAGCUGGAGCCGGGGCUGUGCGCCGAGCUGGAGGCGGGGCGCAGCCUAGUAAUCCGUGGUGAAAAGGAUGAACACGCAGUGUUGUGCAGCAGAGAUAAAACUUAUGACAUGAAAAUAGCAGAUACCUCAAAUAUGCUGCUGUUUGUUCCUGGUUGCAAAAUUCCAGAGGAACUGAAUGCAGAUCAGGCAUCUUGUAAUAUUAUUCAUUCACAGAUUGCUGGUUUCUCCAAGAACUAUUGGGAAUUAAGGAGAUGUCGACCAAAACUGAAGAAACUGAGGAAGCUUUUAAUGGAAGAUCCAUAUGAAGGACCUGAUAGUCAGAAAGAUCAGACUUCGACAUUUUCAAAGUAUACAACAGAAGAUUUGUUAAGUCUGAUUCAAGCAAGUGAAGAAGAAAUACUCCACCAAUUGCAGGUUAUAGAUGCCUGCAAAAUCGAAGGAUAUUGGAGAAUUCUAGACUUUGACUAUGAGAUGAAACUCUUGAAUCAUGUGACUCAGCUAAUAGACUCCGAGUCCUGGCCUUUGAGUAAGGUUCCUCUGUGUGCCUGCCUUGAAGAACUUGGAUCUCUAGAGCCCAGAGAGAUGAUAGAACACAUUCUUUUAAGCUAUGGCAGGAAAUAUCUCGAUGAUGGGGAGGUUUUCUUUGAAAUGCAUGAAGAUAAAAUAUGCAGAGCUAUAGCACAAAUGCUUUUGCAAAAUGCAGUUAAAUUCAAUCUAUCAGAGUUUGAAGAAGUCUGGCAACAGAGUGUCCCUGAGGGUAUGACAACAAGGCUUGAUCAGCUUCAGGGCUUGGCUCUUGUGGAUAAAAGUUCAAGACCAGAGACCAUCUUCCUGCUGAAAGUAGAAGACUUACCUGAAGACAAUCAGGAAAGAUUCAACAGCUUAUUUGGCAUACGGGAAAAGUGGACGGAAGUGGAUAUUACCCCUUAUAUACAAGACUUGUGUGCAGAGAAGCAGACCGUUGGUGCUCUUCUGACAAAAUAUGCUCGCUCCUCAAUGCUGAAUGGUGUUAAAGUUUAUAAUUCUAGAAGACCCAUCUCAUAACAAGUAUUGUUUGAAGAACUGAGGAUACCGAAUGUAGUAACAGUGAAUGUUAUUUGCUGCUGCCUUCUGGGGAAAAGAGUGGCCAACCAUCAUUAUACAGUGUACUUGAGUUUAAGCUAGUCUACUUGAAUAUGUUGUGUUCUCUGCUCAGCUAAAGGAGAGUGUGAGGACACUUGUGGCCUCUAAGCAAUGAUAUUCAGCUCACCUUCCUUUGCCAACAUUCUUUGCCAACCUUCCUUUGCCAACUUCUGCUACUUGAAUACACAUAAUCUGUUUAUCUGUAAGUCUGAAAUGAAAAUUUAAAACCUUCUUGAUAAUAAUUCAAUCAAUUGAAUUGAACAGCAAAAUGGAAAUUUUAGUCUUCUGCCUAUUAGUGGCCAUUCUUAAAGAUUAAAGUUUCAAUGCAAUGUUCACAUUUUGAAUAGCAUAGAGCUCAUCAAGCUCAUGAACAAAUCAUCCCCACUGAGACUACAUCAGUCUUGAUUUUGAAAAGUGGUUCUUUUUAACGUCAUGUCUAUGAACACCAUCAGCACAAGCACCUGACACUUUAAUACUUGGCAGAAUGGCCUUAUGUAUAUUACAAAAAAAAACCUAAUUGCAGUGAAGUGUGAAUACAAGAGAGAGUAGUUGGAUGUUGUGUUACAAAUUUCCUAUGAACUGUCAUUAAAAUGUAGCUGAGGUAAAACUAA